AUGAAGGUUCUCGCUGAAUCGAUGACUCUUCCCUUCAUAUCGGACGGUAUAUUGGUGGAGAUAAUGAAGAUUCUCGCUGAAGCCGAAGUGUCGUACCUUUCUCCAUUUGUUCGUGUCGGCAAGCGCACCUGGAACAUCGCAGGGAUGGCGGAGGUUUUUCAGAAAUCGGUGUACUUCGAAGGACUACGCCUCGCCAUCCACUCAGUUGAUAUAAAGCUUGGGAUAGAGAUGUUGGUCCGUAACGACAAAGGACAUGGUAAGUCGACCCUCGCAGCUGCAUUUUUCGCAAUAUGUUCUGGAGAUCGGGAACAGGCUAGCGUAUUGUUUAAGAGUUUUUCGGCGAACCACGGUGGUCUUGUUUCAGAGAAGGCCAGAUUUCUCGGAAAUGAGGUAAAGUGGGACAUAGUCAUGCUCAAUCCACCUGGACUCGAUACUUAUAUGGAGACGUUUUCGUAUCCCGAUGACGAUGUAGUUUACCUCCCGGAGUGCGUGGAUGACCAUGUCUUCCCUCACUUAUGCCACUUAUGUUACAUGUAUUCGUGCGCACUAGAAGUUUGUGGUAUGUUGUAA